AUGGUGGCCAACAACCAAUACUUCUUCGCUCAUCAAAAAAACCGCCAACCAUCACAAAGGAGAGGAGUAAUGGAGCUAGAAGGAGUUGACACCCUCCUAGCUCAAAACAAGAUAAUGCAGGAGCAGAUUCAACAACAAUUUGAGCAGAUGGCUAAAAAGAUUGAUAGCCUGCAAGUUGCAGCAGUGAAUACAAGCCAACCAUCAACCAAAUGGGGGCAAAAUGAAGAAAACCAAGAAGAUCAGCAGCAGGAACAACCUCAAUAUGUGCAUAACCAAAGCUCCGGCCAAAAUGAAGUCUAUGGUGACAUCUACAAUCCAUCCUGGAAGAACCAUCCAAACAUAAGAUGGGGAGAUAACCACACUCAAAAUCAGCAACCAUGGCAACGAAAUUCAAACCAAAACAACUCAAGAAACAACCAAAAUCACAACCAGCAAAACACUAACCCCAAUCCAUAUGGAAAACCCCAAAACAACCACUCAAAUUUUAGCUACUGUCCACCCAAUAACCAAACCACUAACCAAAACACCCACCAUCAACCUUCAAUACCCCACAACCAGCCACAAACAUCACAAGACACUCAAAGGAUCUUCAACUUGGAGACAUUGAUAGAAAAGAUGAUGAAGCACCAAGAGACAAUGAUGGAGAAACUCAUGAAAAAUCAAGAGAUGGCAAGACAAGAUCAAGAAGCAGCAAGAAAAGAUCAAGCCACAACAAGCAAAAACCAAGAAGCUUCAAUCAAAAAUCUCGAGAGGCAUAUGGAACAAAUGGCUAAACGAAUUACAGAUGCAUCCCCAAGUGCCACUCAAGACCACCCAAGGGACAAAGGAAAAGCUACAAAGUGGGAGGAGUGUAAAGCAAUCAUAGUGGAAAGUGAGAAGAAAGCUAUCAAUCAGGAAGAACACAACAGAGAAGUUCCACAAGAAGAGACAGAAGAGAGAAGUGAAGAGGAUCAGAAAAUCAAGAAUGCAAAAAGCUCAAAGAGAGAUAAAGACAUUCUUGAAACACAAUUACAAGAGAAGAAGGAAAGGAUGCCAGUGUAUGCCAAAUUUAUGAAGGAAGUGCUGACAAAGAAAAAGUCCCUAAAAGAAGGACAAAUUGUUGAGAUGACAAAGGAAUGUAGUGCUAUUCUCCAAAGAGAGUUACCAGAGAAGAAAGAUGAUCCUGGGAGUUUUUAUAUACAUUGCACUAUAGGAGACAUAACAAUUGAAAAGUCAUUCUGUGACCUUGGUGCAAGCAUAAACUUGAUGCCUUUGUCUCUAAUGAGGAAACUUCGAAUUUGUGAGCUGAAAUCCACAUAA